AAGAAAUUAUUUAGCACGUGAUAUAAAUGCAGGUGAGCGCCCUCUUUUUUGAAAACCUCCUCUCCUCUCGCGCCGUCUCUCCCCACCCACCCACAUCUGCUGUUGCCGAUCUCCAAACCCACUCCUCCGAUCACUGCUUUGGUCGGGAUAUAUUGUGGAACUACUGCCAGGCAGGUUUACUUGCAUUGACUUCUGUGAUGAUCAACACCGAACGUAAUGCAAAUGGAAUGGCUGGUGGUGGGACUCCCACUCCUGCUCAUGAUAAGAAACUUCCUGGUUCUGUGAAGAAGACGGCCCUGAGAGAUUUGCAGAAUGAAAAUGUGGGAACAAUUCAUAAGCAGCAAGAGAAUAUACUUCCUGGAGGUGGGAAAUCAUGUGGAGACACAGUUAAGGUUUGUGGGAAUAAAAGACUUACGCCUGAGCGCCCCUCGAGUUCCCAGGGUCUCCCAUACUCAACCUACAAUGGUACAAAUGAGAACGUCAUGAAUGCACGUAGGAGAUUUGAGCUAGAACUUGGAAUGGGAAGACUUCAUAACAACGUUGAGAAAAAAAUUACAAGCUGUUCAGAAUCAAAGAAUGCUGUAAGUCAAUUGCGGCAAGAUGUUACUCAGAAGCCAAUGAAGAAUGGUAAUCUUCAUCCUACACCAAAUAACCUGACAGCGAUCAUGGCCUUUUCGAGUAGUGGCCCAUCGGUGCCUAAUUCUUUGGGGAAGCAUGGCAAUAGCACUCCAGUCGCUAAGAUUUCUCAAGAGUCUACUCAUACCAUUGAUUUCAAGACCACCAAUGAUCUGCUUAGAACAGAAACCGAGCGCUUCAUCCGCCUCCAGAAGUUUCUGAAACAAUGUGAUGAAUCUAACCAAAGAGAUUACACUCAGACACUUAUGCAUCUACCCCCCUCAGAGCUUAGUAAGCAUGCUGUGGAGUUGGAGAAAAGAGCGAUACAGUUGACAAUAGAGGAAGGCAACGAGAUGCAGAGGAUGAAGGCGUUGAAUAUUUUCAUCAAACCGUCCCCAGGCAGCACUUUGACAGGUCAGUUAUUGCAAGCAAACAAACGUUAACCCGGUGAGGGCUUGUGACUUUUUGUGUUGAUCAAUGGAUUUUGUAUUUCGUCUGACAAAAGCUGAAAAGAAAUCUAUAUGCUUCUUUGUCUUAUCUAUAUGUUUAGAUUCACUCCUUUUCCUUACUAGGUUCUUGUAAAACUAAGAUCAGCAGUUACCUUUGUAGUCAUGUCUUGCAGUUCCUCAAUCAUUGAUGAUGCUCUUUAGAAAAUAGUAGUAAUAAUUUAUUAGAAUUUAGCUUUUGUUUCAUCGUA